GAGAGAGAGAGAGAGAGAGAGAGAGAGAGAGAGAGAGAGAGCAGAAGAGGAGCCAUCAAUUUUCGCCGCCGUGAAGCGAAAAGAGGAGCCUUUAAAACUUCGUGAGGUCCCCGUCGUCCUUCUACGUCCUCUGACCCCUUUUCUUCCGACACCCACCUCUGCCCUCUGCUCUGUUUCUAUCCAAAAACCUACCUGGUGUUGUGACAUGGGAAAAGCUUCGAGGGAUAAGAGGGAUAUCUAUUAUCGAAAAGCAAAAGAAGAAGGUUGGCGUGCUCGAAGUGCCUUUAAGCUUCUUCAGAUAGAUGAGGAAUUCAACUUAUUUGAAGGAGUGAAGCGUGUGGUAGAUCUUUGUGCUGCCCCUGGUAGCUGGAGUCAGGUUCUGAGCAGAAAACUAUAUCUCCCAGCAGCACUUUCUUGCGAUUCUAUGGAUGGCGAUCUUCCUCUUAUUGUAGCUAUUGAUCUACAACCCAUGGCUCCAAUCGAAGGUGUAAUUCAAGUGCAGGGUGAUAUAACAAAUGCCCGAACAAUUGAAGGGGUGAUCAGACAUUUUGAUGGCUGCAAGGCAGAUCUAGUUGUGUGUGAUGGUGCUCCUGAUGUUACCGGCCUUCAUGACAUGGAUGAAUUCGUUCAAUCCCAACUUAUACUAGCAGGUUUAACAGUCGUUACUCAUGUAUUAAGAGAAGGUGGUAAAUUUAUUGCUAAAAUAUUCCGGGGAAAAGAUACAAGUCUUAUGUACUGUCAGCUCAAAUUAUUCUUUCCUACAGUGACGUUUGCUAAACCAAAAAGCAGUCGCAAUUCUAGUAUAGAGGCAUUUGCAGUUUGCGAGAACUAUUCUCCUCCUGAAGGAUUUAACCCGAAAGAUCUACAUCGUCUCCUAGAAAAGGUGGGAAGUCCUUCUGGCGCCGAUGAUUUAGAUUGUAGUAGCGGGUGGCUAGAAGGACCAAAUAAGGUUUAUAUUCCAUUUCUAGCUUGUGGGGACCUUAGUGGAUAUGAUUCUGACCGUUCAUAUCCACUGCCCAAAGUUGCAGAGGGAACCACCUACCAGAGCUUGGAUCCUGUACAGCCUCCAAUUGCUCCUCCCUAUAAGAGAGCUCUUGAAAUGAAGAAAGCUUCUAGUCAGGGUAUCCGAGAGCUCGAAAAUCUCUCCUUGGAUUCUUCUUGAUCAGACCAACAAAACUUUCACAAUUCUAAUAUUCUUUUUGUUUCAAUAUAAAGUUUAAUUGUGUCUAUUGGGUUUGUCUCAAAGACCUCUUAGAGUUGGUGGAUAAAUAUUUUGUUACAAUUGAGUUAAUGGUAAAAAAUUUCCAUGAAAAUGGGGGGAAAACCAUGUAAUGUUUCACAAUUAUUAGAUGCUUUUAUUUGAAUUGUGGGUCUUGAUUAGCUAUGGUAAUUGCAACAUUUUAGCAAUUAAGCUGGGUAGUAGUAAUAGAGUUUGGUGAAGUGGGUCAAAAAGAUAGCAAUAAAGCAAAACAUGAAAACGAGAUUGUGUUCC